GAUUGGCUGUCGGUUCCGACAUCAGCCCAUAGUUAAGAUACAAAACCAUAGGGACUACCCCGCUGGACCCCUACAGUCAACUGCAAGGUGGAGGACCUCAAUUUGCACGAACAUCCCCCGGCGCACUGACGCUCACAGGAUUUACAACACUUUUGUGUGCGAGGAGAGUUCACCAUCUUCACCCAAGUGUCUGAACUUCUCCAGUGCUUUCGCCCUACCCGGGUGAUGGUUUCUCACACGACAGACAGCAUCUCGGGGACUUUCUCUGCAGCGACAGCCUAGAGGAAACUCUGAUUUUCGUCAACUCUCUGCAGUCGGGACUGAUAACCGAAGCAUGGCGAGUUGUCGGCGUGUGUUUGUCCUGCUUCUUGGAUGGAGCUAUCUGUACGUUGGAUACUGCGCUCGCUUGAAAGAACAUUUUACGGGACUCACUAAGGACUUGGAAUUGGGACUUUUGGUGGACGCUCAAGACAAGGAGCAACACGCCAAAAAAGCCGAGGAUGACCUGAGUCUACAGGACACGGUGUCCGAACACAUGCAGAUGUUGUACGCCAAGUAUAACCAGGCAGGAUUUCCCUUCAAGGACGGGAAUACUGUUAGAAGUUUCAGGGCGCAUUUGGGGAACAUCAACAAGAGGCCCUUGCAAAUCUUCAACCUGACGUCCCUCACCAAGUCGGAGGAAGUGCUUUCGGCCACUCUGCACUAUUACAUCGGGGACCUCCACAACCACACUCACGGCUGCGUCCGGCCAAAACACUGCCCUCGCCAUGGCCUGCGGCAACGUGGGCACGUCCAGCUGGGCAUUUGGAGUUUUGCUUCCGUUGCCAACAACACUAGAACUCUCGGCCACUUCCGAAUAAAUGUUUCCACAAUGUACAGGGACUUCAUCUCGUGGCAGUGGAAGGACAUUACGCGCGUGAUUAAUCAGGCGAAACACCAUGACGAACUCCUCAUUGGUGUUGAUAUUAAUUCGCAAGGCCGAAGGCCCUGGAAACAACUACUGUCAGACCGUACACCUUACAUUUUGGUCUACGCCAACGACUCGGCCAUAUCCGAGCCAGAAAGUGUGGUAUCAACGCUGCAAAGACACAAAGCCACGGUCAUUCCGGGACUCCACCGGCUGGGACUUAACAACCGUAACGCCACGACUCAUACAAGGAGGAGACGGUCCGCAAAUAUCCUCCUGCCUUUACAGAACAACGAGCUUCCGGGGCCAGAGUAUCCAUAUGAUGUUACUGGGUGGGACGAGACGAGUCCGUACGACCCUGUUGAGAGCAAACCAGCCAAGAGGCCACGUAAAAAAACACGCAAAAACCACCGACAUAAGAACCCGCUCCUACAGUUUGACGAGCAGACCAUCAAGAAGGCGCGCAAGAAGCAGUGGAAUGAGCCGCGGAAUUGCGCGCGCAGGUACUUGAAGGUGGACUUCGCCGACAUCGGCUGGAGCGAGUGGAUUAUCUCCCCGAAGUCAUUUGAUGCCUACUACUGCGCAGGCUCCUGCCAGUUCCCAAUGCCCAAGUCUCUGAAGCCCUCCAACCAUGCCACCAUCCAGAGCAUUGUGCGGGCAGUUGGGGUGGUGCCGGGCAUCCCGGAGCCCUGCUGUGUCCCCGAGAAGAUGUCCCCUCUCAGCAUCCUCUUCCUGGACGAGGACAAGAACGUGGUGCUCAAGGUCUACCCCAACAUGACCGUGGACUCCUGUGCCUGCAGAUAAUGAAACACCACCCACCCACCCUCCAUCCUCCACCUUCUAUUCCCACACCCCUCUCCUCACCCGAACCCUCCGUGUCCCCCUCACCACCACCUCCACCUUCAGAAAGUAAUGAGCUUCCACCCUUAAACUUCCACCUGAGGCCCGCCCUGGACCUUCAGCCCUUCCAGGUGUGCUUGGGUUCCCCCUUUGGCUUUGGGCGCCAUGGGACGUUCACUCAACAUAGGGGACACAAGAGAGACUGCUGCCCGCAGCCUACAUUGGGGGUCCCCCCAGUUGCCCCACCUGCGACCUGAGACUGAACCAGGCGUUGUCUAUGGAGAUGGUGAACGGCCCAAAUACUGUGUUGAGUUUUGCCCAAGGGUUAAGAUAUCACCUCUCCUCAAAAGACUACUCAAACUAGUGCCUUUCAAGUCAAUAACUUAACGUUUGGUUGGGAGGAGACACUGGAUCUUCACCCAAUGGAUGGACACGAAAUUCCUUCCACCCACUCAAAACCUUGCAGUACCCUGACUGACAUUCUCAACAGUGUAGCAAGACACACUGCCAAGCAGCUGAAGGUGCCAGCCCAAACCAGCGUUCUGUUGGAGAGGUUGAUGAAAGUGGAGUUAAUGGCGGAACAGUGGUGACACGCAAUUCAACAGCUUCCUCUGUAUGUUUAUACCGUUGCCUUGUCAACUCCCUAUGCAAGACCUGAUCCCAGUAUCCAUACGGCUGCUAUAUACAGUAUACAUAUACAUAUAUUUAAACUGAGAGGCCAAAAAUAUGUGUUUAAUGGCUGUUUCGUUUCUUGUCGAGUCAUGUGUGCUAUCAUGCAUUUUCUUUUGCCAGGAACGUGUGCAUAUUGUAUGUUAUUUUUUAUUUUGUCACACACAAACAGUGACUUAUACAUUGCUACAUUGCUCAGUGCUUCGAAGUGGCCUUUAUGUCAUCUGUACAUGGUGUUGUUUUGUUUCAAUUAAGAGAUUACACAAUUGCUUACAAUAUUUUGGUAAUUAGGUAGGUAGGGCUAGUUGGGUAAAGUUUCUAAUUAGCAGUUUUGGGGGUAGUGUAUAUCAGUGCAUGUGUACAGAGAAAGUUAUAAAAGGAAUUGCAUCCAUUGAGCAACGAUGUACAUGGAUGACAUAAAGACUUUAGGGAAAUGUGUAUUAUUUCACUGUUAAUUCCAGUCCUCACAGAAAGUGCUCUUACUUUUUCAUCUAUCUGUCUAUAGUAUGGCUAUGAAUUUCUGUAUGUAUGUAUGGUCAAUAUUCAGCUGCUUAUUGCAUAGUUAUAUGGCAUCCUCCUCACGGGUCUGUGUUUUGAGAGUUAGAGUUGAUUUAAGGUGUAAGUGUUCAGUGUUGCUGUUCACUGGGCUUUCUCAGAUAUCCACCCCGCAGUAUCGUCUCACAGUUGCGGCUGUAGUGUUCAGCACUGUACAAGACUGCAUGCACACCUUUACAUUCCAGUGUACCACUAUCACAAGGCUAGUAGAGUAGCACCUGGGGUGAACGUCAACGUAAACACGCAGACGUGAUGACAGGGGUUCAUUCUAUGUCCUGAGUCAUGCAAGAUGGCACCCACACUGUUAACAGCUUCAUUGAACAGGACUCAUUCUUGUUUGUUUACUUAGUACUAUUGAAGGUGAUGCAGAGAAUUGACUAGAAGUUUCACCAAACAUCAAACCAAAGAAAAACUAUUUGCAGGAGUAUUUCUAUAAAAAAGAAAAAAAAAAACUUUAUACAUGCAUCAUAUGUGAGCGAGACAGGUAUUUAUUCAGAAAUGGACUCUAGAUGCUAACUUUUUCUUUAUUGUAUUUGUAUAUUCGAACUGUACAUAUUGUCAACUACAUGAUUACUGUGAUAUAACUGAUGUUUUCUAAGAAAGUGCCUUUAACAGAUGAAUAUGUCAGCCAUUUUAAAGCUAGGUUUUAUGUCUAAAGCCACUUAACAUUAGGUUUGAGCAAAUACCCUUUAGAAUGAUUAAGAAAAUUAAAUAUUUAUUUUUUUCCAUUUAAAGUUGACAUAGCAUUUCUACAUCAAAUAUUUCUUAAGUUAAAAGAGGGUGACAAUUUGUUCCUCUGACCUAUAUAACUGACAAUGUUUUAGAAAACACAUGUGUAGUGUAUAUGGAGAUUUGGUAUCUGUUUAUAGUGAACUAUUUGCCACUUCGCAUGGGAUCUCUUGCAGUUACUCCUGAUUAUGUGUGGUAUUGAGUGGACUCCCACUCAAAGACAGGCAUGAGCAUUCAGAGCAAAACUCUCUAUGGAAAAUUAUACGACUUUAUUUAAUAUAUAUCAACAUCACAUUAUAGAGUAAGACAUAUAGCCAGAACACUCCUCUAAUUUGUAUAUUUCUAUUAAAGAGCUUCCUAUAACACAAUGUAUAAUCUAUUUUGUAAAUGAUAUGUGGGAGGCAAAAGGAAUUGCUUGUAUCAUAAGCUUCAUAAGAAAGUAUAUUUGUAUAUGGAAAUGACCUUCAAAUGCAUUUAUUUAUUUUCUGUUAAUUGCAUAAUUCCCUUGUCUUGUUUUUUUUCUGUCAUUACAUUGUCAUGGGAUUAGAUCUCCGACAUGUAGCUUCCUGUUAGAUAGGCUCACAUGUGGCCCAUUACAGGAAGCCUGCAGGGCUGAGAAGGAUACAGGAAAUACAACCUGUGACCUUAUGACCUUUAACCCAUGGAACCCUGGAGGUCAGCUCUGUUGGUGAACGCCUCUGUGUUAGAGUCUUGCCCAUGUAAAAGAUCAGCCCUCUGCAAAGACUAUUCAAGUCAAUACAUUCAAAUCAAUAAAGUUACAUAUGAAUA